GCAUCCGCGCUUAGCACCUCUACUGACCUUACAACUACUCUACUUGUGUAGCUUUUGCGAACCCUCAAGCCACCUCUGCUGCCUCUCACACCAUCAACGACUUCCUGAGAGAUAUCACUCCUCGCUCAGCCCGUUGCUCAUUCACCAACGUUCGGAAGAUAGUUCUCUGUGAUCAUGGCUUCAACCCGUCUUCUCUCGAAUCUCCCACCCGAGCUCAUAUGUCGAAUGUUCGAGUUUGCUGCCGACUUCUCAACAGUGGCUGCUCUUGCGCAGACUGCACGUCCUUUCUACCAAACGUGGCGAGCAUUUCCAACCGCUAUCUGUCGAGCCGUCGCACCCCGUGCCUUGUUCAGCCAUGCAGACGCCGAGAGAUUGCUUGACAUACAAGAGGAAGCCGAUCCAUCUCAAUUUGGUUCUGCGCAGCGGUCUAUCUCCCGAGCCAAGCGUCUCCUGUUCAACGCCCGGUGUGCAUCUGCUGUGACCAAGGAUUGGAUCGAACUCUGUGAGAUUGAACUGAGCUUUGACCGGGAACACGAUCCAAUGAGACCAUCCGAGAUUGCACGCUUCCAGCACGCUUUCUACUGUGUCUGGGCCAUUGGAGUCAUGGCAACGGUUCCACAUUUACAGCAUAAUGCAUCGGAAUUCCUCGAGAAGUGCAGUCCACGUGAACUGUGCAGACUGGGUGAGAUGGCAUCAUAUGCUGAAUACUACAACCACAAUGAUUUUGGGUCUGUGGGUCUUGAUUUUCAAGACGAAGUCUGGAAGACAGGCUACGAUCUGGCCUCGACGCGCUGGGCGAAGGUGGCUUACGAAGGGCGUCACUACAGAUGUGUCGAUGGUCCCAAACUCAACUUCUUCGCUUUCUUCGAUGAAACUCAAAAAUACCUCGAGACAAUCGACGAUGAAUAACAAUGAAGUCCUCGGUCACUGUGUAUGCAUGGCAGGCGAAUCAUCUACAUUUCAAUCGAGUAAUAUAAUACAGGAAUGGUACAGGACGAAUGGUGCGAUGGAAAAAGGAAACACUCUCUUGUAGAACACAUACAGAUGUUAUUACUACUCUUGGUCCAGUGGUGCAAGGAGAAUACCAAUAGAGUGGACGUUUCGACGCGAUCUCUGCAGCGAUCUCUGUAGCGAUCCCAAAUGAGUUGCCCGGAAUACUUAAUAAUACUGCUG